AUGUCAGACAGCUCAGACGACGACCGGCCGCUGGCCGCCUCGAACGGACAUGUAUCUGCUUCUAGAAUCUCCAAAUCCGACGAUACCGCCAUGGACAACUAUUCCCCGAACGUCAAAAUGGCCCCUCCGGGCGUUUCCAUCCGACAUGGCCCAGUGACCGGCUUGAAUGGGCUUGUGAAGCGAAAGUCACGUACGUCGAUUGAUCAGUCUGUUAGAUACAGAGAUGAGUCGGAUAGUGAUGACGACGCACCGAUGGCGAAGCGUCAGAAGUCCAAGUAUGCCGAGUUUGACAGUGAGGACGAACCGAUCGUGUCUAAGAAGCAGUCCAAAUUGCCUUUGUCGAUUAAUGACACGCCUCUGAUCAACACUGGGGGUGGCAAGAAGCCUCUGGACGUCCGGCUCUCGAAUAAGAAGGCCAAAAUCGAACAGGAAGCCGAAUUUGAGGCCAAGUCUCUCCUUGCAAACGGCUUAGGCAAGGCGAAGCGUCCAUCUAACGAGACGUCGUUCUCCAAACCUCCCCAAUCCGACGAUUCGGAAGACGAGGUGCUUUCUAAACCGAAGAGGCGGCAGACAAACGGCGCAACACCCGCGUCGUUGAAGAAGUCGAACGGCACGAAACCUAAGGACGAAUCGGACUCUGACGUGCCCAUGGCGAAGAAAAAGACGCCGAGCACUUCCAAGACUGCAGCGAGACCACCUGCCAAGCCAACUAGUAACAGCAAGAAAGCCGCUGCGUACACUCCUAAGAAAGCAGCACCGUCUAAGCCCAUGAAGAAGGCUGAGAGCACUGAGCCUGGUGACGAUGAUGAUGAGGAGGAGGAGUACCGGUGGUGGGAUGCACCGAAAAAGGAGGAUGACUCGAUCAAGUGGACCACACUUGAACACGCUGGUGUCGUCUUCCCCCCGCCUUACCAACCCCUCCCAAAGCAUGUUCGUCUGUAUUACGACGGUGUGGCCGUGGACCUGCAUCCCGAAGCGGAGGAGGUUGCCACCUUCUUUGGCUCUAUGCUCCAUUUGACUGUCAACACCGAAAACCCGACUUUCAGGAAGAAUUUCUUUGCUGAUUUCCAAGCUGUAUUGAAACAGACGGGUGGCGCGAGAGGUCCGGAUGGCCAGAAAGUGGCUAUAAAAGACUUUGCCAAACUCGAUUUCAAGCCCAUGUUUGAAUACUACAAGGCCCAGUCCGAAGCGAGGAAGAACCGGACAAAAGAAGAGAAGAAGGCAGAGAAGGAAGAAAAGGCGAGACUGGAGGCCCCAUAUCUCUACUGCAAAUGGGAUGGCCGGAAAGAAAAGGUUGGCAACUUUCGUGUGGAGCCGCCUGGCUUAUUCCGUGGCCGCGGCGAGCAUCCCAAAACAGGCCGAGUCAAGAAACGCGUCAUGCCCGAGCAAGUCACGAUCAACAUUGGCAAGGAUGCUGUUGUGCCCCAGCCACCAGCCGGACACAAGUGGAAGGGAGUGCAGCACGACAACAAAGCGACGUGGUUGGCUAUGUGGCAAGAAAACAUCAACGGAGCCUACAAGUACGUUAUGCUUGCCGCAAACAGCGCCGUGAAGGGCCAGGCCGAUUUCAAGAAAUUUGAAAAGGCUCGUGCCCUCAAGAAGUACAUUGGGCGUGUUCGUGCGGAUUACACCCGAGAGCUCAAGAGCGAGGUCAUGGCCGACCGCCAGCGUGCCACUGCCAUGUACCUGAUCGAUCGAUUUGCACUGCGCGCCGGCAAUGAGAAAGAUACCGAUAACGAGGCAGACACAGUUGGCUGCUGCUCUCUCAAGUAUGAGCAUAUCACGCUUCGGGAGCCCAACACGGUAAUUUUCGACUUCCUGGGCAAGGACAGCAUUCCGUACUACGACGAGGUGACGGUAGACCGCCAGGUGUUUAAGAACCUGAAGAUGUUCAAGAAACCACCGAAGGAGGACGGUGACGAUAUUUUCGACCGCCUGAACACGUCCCAACUCAACAAGCACCUGUCCAGUUACAUGCAGGGCUUGACGGCCAAGGUUUUCCGUACCUAUAAUGCGUCAUACACGAUGUCGAAGCUGCUUCAGGAGCUUCCAGUCACCAACGUAUCUAUUGCCGAGAAGGUGAAGCUGUACAACGAUUGCAACCGCAAGGUUGCCAUUCUCUGCAACCAUAAACGGACGGUCGGAGCCAGCCACGAGGCGCAAAUGGAGAAAAUGGGCGAUCGUAUCAAGGGCUUGAAAUACCAGAAGUGGCGAACUCGGAUGAUGAUGCUCGAUCUUGACCCUAAGCUUAAGAAGAAAAAGGGCGCAGAGUACUUCGAACGAGAUCCGGAGCUAACGGACGAUUGGAUUCUUGAACACCAAAAGUUCCUUGCCGAAGAACAGCGUACCAAAGUCACCAAGAAGUUCGAAAAGGACAAUGAAAAGCGCGCUAUUGAUGGCGAUAAACCGCUGCCAGAGAAGGAGCUCAAGGAGCGUCUGAAGACAGUUGCAGAACUUGAGGCUAAAUUCAAGAAGGAGAACCGGACGAAGAAGGUUGAGGCUGAGGGAAAGGCUCCGUCCAUUGAGAGGCUCGAGGCGGCUGCUCAAAAGAUUGACGAGCGCAUCCACAACAUGGAGCUUCAGGCAGCAGACAAGGAUGGAAACAAAGAGGUUGCUCUGAGCACCUCGAAGAUCAAUUACAUUGAUCCCCGCCUCACUGUGGUCUUCUCUGAGAAAUUCGGUGUCCCGAUUGAGAAAUUCUUUUCGAAGACCCUUCGUGAGAAAUUCAACUGGGCUAUUCAGUCUGUUGGAAACGACUCUACGUGGGAGUUCUAG